AUGUGCCUUUUAUGCAAUAAAGUUUUGGGCAAUGACGCUAUGAAACCAUCUAAACUGCAAGAUCAUCUGAGAAGAUUCCACCCUGAUAAAACAGAGAAAAGAAAGAAAUACUUUCAAACACUCAAAGAUACAUUUCAGAAGAGUCCUACACUGGACAGAAUGUUCGCUUCGACGUCACAAAGAAAUGAUGAUGGUUUGCGGGCGUCUUACAAUAUCUCGUUACUUAUAGCAAAAUCCGGAAAACCGCAUACUAUCGGAGAGAAGUUAAUUUUGCUAGCCGUUAAAGAGGUUUUAAAAACUGUUUUACACAAACCUGCAUCUGAUAUCAUUAAAAGAAUUACCUUAAGCAACAAUACUGCUAAAAGACGUAUUGAUGAAAUGAGGUCUGAUAUUGAAAGCUUCUUUCUUAUGUAA